AUGCCAGAAGCUACAGGAAGUGACAAGCCUAAGGGUGCACUCAAGCGGAAGCCUGUGCCUUCGGAAAAGCAUGCAGCAAUUGAUGUGGAUUUGCACGCACUGCAACCAGACUAUGCCGUUAUUGUGAAGCUGGACGAGUCUAGUGAGAAGCGCCAACGAGCUCUGGAAUCGGUCACCCAGCAUUUGUCCUCUUUCGGAUUUUACACCACAAUUCGCCCGGGUGUAGACAAGACCGCGCUGGUCGUAGUUCGAAUCAAACCUUUGAAACUUGUUGAAGUGGCUGCAGAAGGUCAGGUCCGUGACUGGGCAGUUGGUGUCUCAACCCAGCCGGUGGAUUUUGUCAACGAAGGUAAGAACGCGAUCAACCCUGCUGUACGCCGCCGACUAGUAUACGAGACGAUUAUCGGCUCGAAUGUACUGGCCAUGCCUUGUGUGGAGGGCGCUUUUCCGGCUGGUUCUCCUUCUCUAAACAGCAAAUUGCUGCUUGAUUCUUCGCGCUGCAUUACCGUCAGCUACAACCGGCUUCGUUUGCAAUAUGGUGACAAUAUUGGAUUGCUUUAUGGAUUCUUUAGGUACAUGUUGAAGCAAUUGCUCAUUCCAGCCACUUUGGGUGCAUGUUGGAUGUUCCUUGGCCAACCUUUUUCGACAUUGCUUUCGCUGCUGAUGCUCAUUUGGGCCGCUGCUUUCCUUAUCUACUGGCGUUAUAUUGAGCGUCGUGUUAGUGCUGAAUGGAAUACUCUUCACUGUUCUCGUAUUGUGACUCCGCGUCUUGGAUACAAGAAGACAGCGCUUGCCACUAGUCAGAUCAGGUUCGCCAUGUUUAUUCCUGUCGGUAUUCUCCUUGGUAUGAUUUAUGUUCUAGGAAUGGUCGCUAUCUUGUUCACUGAGGUAUUUUUCACCCAGCUCUACGAUGGCCCUCUCAAAUCGAUCAUGUCUUUGGUUCCUACUGGCGCGAGUGUUGUCGGCGGUGCUCUAUUCUCCAUUGUUUAUUCCAAGAUUUUGACUGCUUGGCUGGCGUGGUCAGAUCCCAGCAGCGAGGAGGUUUACAGCCGUCAAUUCAACCAAGCAAUGUUUUUCGCAACAUUUUUGCUCAACUACACUCCCAUCUUUUUGACUGCGUACCUAUACUUGCCUUUCGGUAACCGGAUGAUCAACUACGUUAUGCCGCUCCGUGAGUCAACAUUCGGCCAGAAGGUGGGCAUUGUUUCGGAGUUCAACCUGAACACCUUGCGCUUGCGGACACAGGCAAUCUAUUUUUCGGUUACGAACCAGUUGGUUGGUAUUCUUACCGACACGAUGCUACCCUACGGGCUGCAAGUUGCCAAAGCAUACAUGAAGCCCGAUACCAAGUCCAAAGAUGGUCAAUGGCUUCGUUUCCAACAGCAACUUGCUCCGUUUGAUAUCAACAAGGAACUUCUGGUUGCUACCUCCACGUUUGGCUAUGUGAUGUUGUUGACUCCGAUUUGGCCGCUGGCUGCUUUGUGUGGCUUGGUGUUCUUGUUCAUCCGCAUGAAGUGCACCACCAUCAAGCUCACCAUGGAAUCGCAGACUCCUGUGCCUCGCAGACUAGAAUCCAUCGGUUACUGGAACUCUAACCUGCUUUUCACAGCCGGUGUUGCCUCAGUCGUUGCACCCACCGUCUCGCUUAUGUUCCGCUCCCCUGCGUCGUACUCUGCGACACAGAGCUACGUCGCUACAUCUCCGGUGAUUAUUCUCGCCUUUGGUAUGUUGAGCGAGAAUCUCUUUUUGGGCAUUGUGCGAGUUAUUGAGAUGUUGACAAACGGUCUAUUCGAGCCCGUGCCCGUCGAGCCCAAAAAGCAGCUUGUACAAGGUGGUUCUGAAACUGCUACUGAUUUGCUUUGGACAGGUAUUGAUAUCAAGAGCGAAAUUAGCACCAAUGUCUAG